AUGAAAUCCAUGAAAGUGGCGGUCAUCGGCGCCGGUGCUUCGGGCCUCGUCACCGCGAAGUAUCUCAGCCAGGCGAGAGACUAUUUUGGCGUGCCCGACAUGGAAAUUCGAAUUUUCGAGCGAGAGAACAGCAUCGGCGGUGUGUACAAGCACAAAGUGUACGAGGAGGCCGAGAUGGUCUCUUCCAAGUACCUGACAGCAUUUUCGGAUUUCCGAGUGGCCAAAGAGCUCCCGGACUUCCUGCCUAUGGAGGAAUAUGUGCGAUACCUCGAGGAUUAUUGCACGAGCUUCAAGCUUUGGGACCUAAUUCAGAUGAGGACUGAAGUCCUGCGAGUGUCGAGAAUCCCCGGUGGUGGUCAUCGCAUAUGCUACAGAAGCAUCGGCAGGUCUCAACCAGGGCACGAGGAUGGGGCUGAUCUGGAGUCCAUGUACUGGGAUUGCGAUGCCAUUGCUGUCUGCACUGGCCUCAACAAUGUGCCCUCAGUUCCAGGUAUCGAUGGCCUCGCGAACGUCUCCUCCGUCCUGCACUCAUCUGAAGUAAAGGGAAGAAAACAAUUCGACGGCAAGCAGUCGGUCAUGAUCUUGGGGGCCGGAGAGACUGCCAUGGAUAUUGCUCACCUGGCAGUAACUUCAGAUGUUCGAGAAGUCGUGAUGUGCCACAAAGAUGGCUUCUAUUGCGCCAAGAAGACGAUUCCUCUGCCCACCGUUAUGAAGGUAUUCAAACCAUCUCCUCACCAGAAGCCCGUCGAUACGGCCAUCGCCAGUCUCUUUGACACCGCUUAUCUCCCGGAGCGACUGCAACACUCUUUUCUGCCCUGGUUCAUAUACGAUAAGUCACUCAAGGCUCUUCACUGCAUAUCUGGAGGAACACUCGCAGGCCCCGACCAGUGGGUGGGUUCUAUUGAGGGAGACCGCAACAACGCCGACUCGCUGUUCCUUGUCAAGUCUGACCGAGCUCUCCCUUACCUCAACGAGGGCCACCGCCCGACCAACAUUCUCUCUCGAAUCCGGGCUUGGAUGAUGAACGUGGAGUUAAAGGACACCGGCGGAAGGAAGAUCUUGUCAGCCCCGUGGCCUGCCGCCUUUUCGAAAGAUGGCCGGGCUAUCUUCCCCGGCAGCAGACGGAGUGAACAUCAAGACGCACUCGCCAGAACUGUGAAGCCAGACUUGGUCGUCCUUGCCACAGGAUACGUUCGUCGCGUCUGUUUCCUGGGAGAUGAGUACCCCAAGCCCGACGAGCUGAACGUGCGUGGUAUCUGGAAGCGCGGUGAUGUGACGGCCGGCUUCAUUGGCUUCGUGCGACCUGGGAUCGGUUCCAUUCCUCCGCUCGCCGAGCUACAGGCUCAACUCUGGAUCCUUAAUCUCCUUCGACGCAAGUAUCCUCAACAAGUCCCCUCUGCGCUUCCACACCCGGACCCGGACGCUGUCGCACACUACGAGAUCGACUAUGCUCUCAAGGCACGAGGCGGACAUGACUUCUUCAAGACCAAGCACGGGGUGGAGCAAGAGUCAUACGCGUACCAGCUUGCUCUUGACAUGGGCGCGGCACCCACGUUUUCCUUCAUGAUUCGCCAGGGUUUCAGGGCCUUCUUCACCUGGGCCAUGGGAUCAAACUUCAACAGCAAGUUCCGGCUCGUCGGUCCGUGGAAAUGGGAAGCUGGAGCCCUCGAGAUCAUGCGUGGUGAGCUGUUUGAUGUCGCUAAGCAGACUGGCGGUGCCGUAUUUUUCACCACGUACACCAUCUUCCCCAUCCUCCUUUUCGGCACUCUCACGGCUGUUCUUCAUGCGGUCGCUGGGAUUCUUCGAUUGAUGGGCAUGAGUGAUCGAGCAAAGGCAGUUCUCGGAUCAGGAAAGGUCCCACGACGAGAGGGGGACGACUGA